GCCGAGCAGAAUCGCCGUCGCUGUUGUACAGCCAGAAUCGCUCGUAGAUGGCUUACAGAGGAGGGCGAGGAAGAGGAAGAGGCGGGUUUGGUGGGUUUGGCAUUGAGUACGCAAAGGCAGAACCUUUUGUUAUUUUCCCUGACAUUACGUUACCUGACCGUAAAUCAAUCUCAGACGAUGCCCAAUUACUUAAGAACUUCACUUCUUUUGAGAGGUUCUGGAAAACUUCGGCUUACCACUUAGGCGAUGGAGUUUCAAAGAAAGAGAGUGAGAGUUUAGACAUUGAGAGGUUUUCAGACACGUUGAAGCCGACGAAGAAGAAGUCUAAUGAGAGGGGAUCUUUCUAUGACUUUCUUGUUCUUAGACCUGAUAACUUCCCUAAAGAACUUCUUGGAGAUACUCGAAGAGAACGGCCUGUGAAGAGAGCAAGAUGGACUCAAGCCGCAGAUCUUCACAAGUUGGAGGUCUUGGAGAAGCUUGAGGCAAAGGCUGAUGCCAAGGAAGAGAAUGAAGAAGGAGAAGGUGAUGAUGAAGUUGAGGAAUCUGAGGGAGAAGAUUCUGAAAAUGGAGAUUAUGAUCAGACUAAAGACUUUGAUGAUGACGACGACGAUUAUAACGAGCCGGAGGAUAACGAUAAUGAAGAAGUGUAUUAAAGCUUCUUCUUAUUUUUCCUCCCAAAAAAGGAUUCAAGUUUUGAGAACAGGAGAUGGUGAAAACUCAAUUAUGGCUUCAUACAAAUCACUUUCAAACCCUCGUAGAAUAAAUAUAGUUUGGCAUUUGUUGCUUUCAUUCUUUGUUUUUUCUUUUGUUGCUUUUUUGUUUGUUUCACGUCAAAUCAUAUAAGAACAGAAACUACACUAAAAUUAUGUGUCUUUUAGUUCAGAUUCUUCGGAAUUC